AUGGCAGACUGCAGUGACGUGCAGCAACUGAAAGAUGUUUGCUUGAUCAUUGUAGGAGAUGGUGAGGAUGCAGAUGCGGUCCUCGCAAAGCGCCGACUAGAAGCUGGUGGGCGACUAUGUCAUAUUCUCACCCGCGGAAUUGGGGACCCGAGGGUGAAGGUGCAAAAAUUUCCCAAUGAUGGCCGCUUCUACUGGCAGCCACCUGCAUUCUGCAAGAUAUCACCAUUUGGAAAGCGGCUGGGCGGUACCGUUUCUCAAGCCUGGACAAAAACGGGGCCUGACGGCAUCGUCCUGCCAGAUGACCACAAGCUGGUCGUGGCCCAAAUCAAUGGUAGCUUGCAACGUGUCCUCAUGGUUAAUGGCGAGGGUGAGAUGGUCAUGGAGAUGACUGGCUGGGUGGUCUUGUGCCCCACCGUGCAAAUAGCAACAACUGCUUCAGUGGAGGUCCAAAACAUGCAUAUGAAAGCCAUGGGUACCUUUUCGCGCCGCCGCAUAUCAGUGGGCUGUGUGGUGUCUUUUGCAGUGCUGCUUACACAUUUUCUGCUCAUCAUUUUCGCUGAAAGAUCGCUGCAAAGUCAAGAACUUGUGGUCAGGUUUGUCUUCUUCGCUAUUUCAAGCACGGUAACAACAGCAGAACCUAUGGUGAGGGUGCUUGCAUUUGCCUUGUGCGGUGAUGACUUGACGUGGAGACAAGCAUGGUCGAUCUCUCUGUUCGGGGUUGUUGCGGCGUCAAUAGCUACCCUUUCGACAGGGAUGGCUUUGUCUGAGUCCAUCUGCGGAUGUUUCGGCUAUAGUGUCUGGUGCAUUCUCCUAUGUUGGGUGUACUACAGGGGGAGGCACAGGCACACAUUGAGGAAAUUCUGGCCGCGUCUCACAUGGUUGACCUGUGUAUUUCUGGGCACGGCUGGCGGCAUGUUGUUGGUCGCGACAAGCAUUCUCAUCUAUGCUUCGAUGGUCGCGUCAAAUCAAACUUUUCUCGCUGCUAUCUUCUUGCCUUCUGUGACUGCUGGUGCUGAGAUUGGCUUGGUGAAAAUGAUCCAAGUUGCACAUCGCAGGCUCAUUUGCAUGAGACCGUCAGAAGACAUGACCAGUGGCGACCAUUUGUUUGUUGUGGUGCCUGUGACGAUCAUGGCAGUGCAUUGUGCUUGUGAGGCUGCACGUUUGAUGGCGAUCUUUAUUGUAACAGUGGCAGAUGGAGGUUACAGCUGGGUAGGGUCAGCGGUUGCCACAUUCUUGUUCAAUUUGCUGAUGCGCUCGGGGUGGACUUCCUUUCUCAUGUUUCGCUCGUGCAAGUUAUUCUGUGGGCGUCGCUUUGCCGCACAGCGAUUUGCGCCCAGCAGUUUCAACAAACUGCACAAUCACAGCAAGGUCUUUGGUGGUUAUCUCCGAUUCAUUCCUAUUGCCAGUUUAGUUACGGCCCGAGCACUGGCCUACGGACUGGCUGAUCUACAUCCAGCCUUCAACACCUCUGCAGCAAUUGCAGCAUUGGUGUUGCUUGGCCUUGAAAUUCUGGAAGACGUGACCAUCCUCAAUGAAGUGAUCCCGCCAUGUCCCAUGCCAGAGGAUUUCCUCCGAGAAGUCUCGGGCAACAGGGAUCCCCAUCAACUCUUUGCUGCGGAGCUUCGCCCCUGCGUGUCUAUGCAGCCCUGCAGUGUGGGAUCCGUGGUUCCAACCCCUGAUGCAGAGCUCAUGGAAUGGCGCCCGGCGCUGAAACGUACAAGCCAGCUGGGGUCAGUCAUGUGUGGGCAAGAUCAAGUCUUGCACUGUAGUCUCGCAUUGCAUGGCCUGCGCGAGAUUCCAUGGACUUUCCAAGUUGCAGUUGCAUGGGCAGUGUGUGGUGCAGUGUGUUUUCCCUUGUUUCCAGCGAUGCUGGGUGCAGGGUACAUGCUGGGGCUGAAUGAUCCAUGCCCUUUGUCGGAGGUGUGGAUUCAGUACUUCUGGCAGGAAUCUCCCCUCAGAUGCUGA